GCCUCGGCACCAUUGAUGUUGCAGGAAUGCCGAUGCUACCAUCAUUGGGCGGCUUCUACUCACCUGACUAGGGACGAUCAGCCAUAUCAAGAGUCGGCGAAUCUAGCCUUUGUUAAAACUGUUCUCAUCUUGUCGCUGAUAUUUCGUGACCGUAUUCGAGUUUGUUUCUGCUCCUUCCCUUUUCCCCAUCCUCUUUUUGAAGCGUGCUUGCCGUUGUUGCUUCACCGAUAACAAUCAAGAUGCCGCUGCAGACUGAACUUACCCGCCGACUCGGCAUCACAGUGCCCGUCGUUCAGGGUGGCAUGCAACAUGUAGGAACAGCCGAGCUGGCCAGUGCCGUGUCCAAUGCCGGUGGCUUGGGUAUCAUUACUGCCUUGAUCUUUCCUGAGCCGGAGGGACUCCGUCAGGAGAUUCGCAAGUGCAAGAAGCUGACGACGAGGCCAUUCGCCGUCAACAUCACUCUUCUGCCUGCCCUUGUUCCCCCUGACUAUGAGGCUUACGCCCAGGUUGUCAUUGAUGAGGGUCUCAAGAUCGUGGAGACUGCUGGCAACUCUCCCGGUCCCGUCAUCAGCAAGCUCAAGAAGGCUGGCGUCAUCAUCCUCCACAAGUGCACCACCAUCAGACAUGCCCAGUCUGCGGUGAAGCUUGGUGUUGAUUUCUUGAGCAUCGACGGUUUCGAAUGCGCUGGCCACGUCGGUGAGUCGGACAUUACCAACUUCAUCCUCCUCAGCAAGGCCCGCCAGACACUCAACGUCCCAUUCAUCGCCUCGGGUGGCUUCGCCGACGGCCAAGGCCUCGCUGCUGCGCUCAUGCUUGGCGCCUGCGGUGUCAACAUGGGCACUCGCUUCCUCUGCACCGUCGAAUCCCCCAUUCACCACAACAUCAAGGAGGCGAUUGUCAAGGCACAGGAGACCGAUACCGCGCUUGUUCUCAGGCGCUGGCGCAACACCACCCGUCUCUUCAAGAACAAGGUAGUACAGGAUGCCCUUAAGGUGGAGAAGGAGAGCAAGACGGGCGAGUUUUCUGAAAUUGCUCCUUACGUCAGUGGCAAGCGCGGCAAGGAGGUGUUCAUCAACGGUGACCCCGAGUAUGGUGUCUGGACUGCUGGUCAGGUCAUGGGUCUCAUCAAUGACAUCCCGACCUGCAAGGAUCUCAUUGUGCGCAUUGAGAAAGAGGCUGAAGAGACGAUCAAGGAGAAGGUCAAGCUGUUUACCGCGCCGUCGAAGCUAUAGAGCUGGUUAUGGUUGGAUUAUGGCUUGCUGUGCAUAGACUUUGCCGGUGUUGGGGGCACGUGUACGCACUGUCCUGUUUACUGUUUCAUUGUCAAUAGUUUUGUGUUCUCAUGCUGUUGCGAUGCUUCCUUCGUAUUC